UUGUUCAUAGGAUCAGUAUGUCUUGCAAUGAUCCUUGAAGUAAUACUCAUCUGUUUUAUUGCCAUAUGGUACAUUCGAAGACAACGAGCAAUUGAAAUAAAGUUAUGUUUAACUGAUGACAGUUUGCACCCUGAACUUCGCGAGCGUUUCUCAUUGUCAUAUGGCAAAGACAAAAAACGAAAUGAAAAUGUUUUAAAGGACUGGACGCCUUAAAGGCCAUCGUUUCAAAGCUGAUGGCAUCCCAUUAUGAUACAGACAUGAAUCCAGAACCUGCUGAGUUUGAUUUAACAAUCUUUAAUCUAUCUGAAUCUACAGAAGAACCUGCCUUAAUGCUGCUUAAUGAUAUAAAAUCAUUUGGACCAUCAGAUCAUGAAAAUGCAUCGCAGAUAAUGUGGAAAAGUGUCACAAAGCAAGGUGACGGACUUAUCAAUCUUGCAAAAGAGGGAAUGAUUGCUAUACAGAAAUCAGGAUACUACUUUGUUACUUCACACCUAACAAUCAUGAAAGAAAACAAUACCAGUUCCGUCAAUGAUGACGAGACAGGUAAACACCAGGUUAUCCGCAUUUGUAAUAAAACAGAUCAACAGUCAAUCCUACUACAAAGUACCAGCUAUCGAUGUAGAAUGCAUGUCAUGCAAUGCGAACAGUCUAGUUAUGUGGCUGCAGCUUUUAAACUUGAGGAAAGCGAUCGGAUUUUCGUUACUGUCUCUCGCAAGUUUCAGAUUUUAUCUGGGAACGAAACUCAUUAUUUCAGCAUUGUUGAGAUUUAAUGUGUUUGUUUACACAUCACACUCUAAUCAUUUAUACAUAUAAAGCUUUAUUUGUGUGUAAGAAGAAUAUAUUAAGUAGACAUUUAAUGAUUAACUAACUCUAAGAAUUUAUCAGAAUCAUAUAAGUAUUCUAAGAGAUAAUAAC